GAAGAUCUGUCAAAACAGUCAUCUCAAUCUCGGGGUAAACAAAUUCGUGUGCUGGAAAACGAAUGUCGUUCUACGUUUUCCUGUGUUUUGGUGGAAAAUUUGUCUAAUCCCAUCCAGGAAAACAUGGAUGAACUAGAACAGCUUGAGCACCUUUCUCUGGUGUCAAAGAUUUGCACCGAGGUGGAAAACCAUUUGGGGUUGAACGACAAAGAUCUGGCCGAGUUUAUCAUCGAUUUGGCGGAAAAAAAUCCCUCACUGGAAGCGUUCAAGCGAGUGCUUGCGGAGAAUGGGGCCGAGUUUGCCGAAUCCUUCACAUCGAAUCUGCUGCGAAUAAUCCAGCUGAUGAAGCCACCCAAGGGCAAGGGCAGCAGCAGCGCUUCCGCUUUCGAGAAAGACGAUCGGGUGGGAGGAUUGGCGGUGAAGUUUCCCGGCUUGGCGAUUCCGAAUUCCAAGAAAGGGUACGAAUCGGAUGCCUCUGAGGAGGAGGAGGAGGAUGAUAAAGCGGGGAAGGGCAAAGUGGGAGGUUCGAGUGAGGUGGAUGAUAUGUUUGCAGAAUUGGAAAGUAUGGCUCCGUCUACGUCCUCUGACAAGAAGGAAUCCAAGAAGUCUCGCGAGCAACAGGAGGUUGAGAAUAUGUUUGCCGAGCUUGAAAAUUUGGCACCGUCGUCGUCGUCGAAAGAUGAAAAGGAAGUGAAACGUAGGGACAGGAGGAGUCGUUCGAAGGAUAGAAAGCGAAGCAGAUCGAGGGACAGGAAGAGAAGUAGGUCUAAGGAUAGGAAAAGGAGCAGAUCAAGGGAUAGGAAGAGAAGCAAAUCUAGGGAUAGGAAGCGAAGUAGGUCAAGGGAAGCGGAGAGGAAAAGGAGUCGUUCUAGGGACCGCGAUCGAAGGAGGAGGUCAAGAUCCCGUCAUAGAUCCAGAUCCAGAGAUAAAGAGCGAAGACGCAGGAGUAGAAGCAGAGAUUACGAAAGGGAUCGUCGAUCCAAGAGAAGUCGUAGCAGAUCAAGAGAUCGACAUCGAAGGCAAAGGAGUGGUUCUAGGGAAUUCGAACGUAGACCGCCACCGAUGCCGGAAGAGCCAGAGCCAGGAAAGAUUUACGAUGGAAGAGUGGUGAAUAUAGUGGCGUUCGGAUGCUUUGUUCAAUUGACCAGCUUCCGCCGGAAGAAGGAGGGUUUGGUUCACAUUUCGCAGCUGUCGUCCGAGGGCCGAGUGAAUAACGUAACGGAUGUGGUCAAUCGCAAUGAUAACGUGAAAGUGAAAGUAAUUUCCAUCGCUGGGCAGAAAAUUUCCCUUUGUAUGAAAGAUGUUGAUCAGCAGACAGGGCAAGAUUUGAACCCAUUGUCGCAUGCUCACCUUCAAGAAAACAGCGAUAUGGCCAAUAGGAAUCCGGAUCGACCGAUGAAUGUUCCGUCAAUGCUCAAUUUACAGGACAACGUUGAAUCUAUGGAAGAAACGUCGCGCAAGAAGGUGACUCGUAUUUCCAGCCCCGAACGUUGGGAAAUCAAGCAAAUGAUUUCCUCUGGAGUGAUCGAUCGCAGUGAAAUGCCUGAUUUUGACGAGGAAACAGGUCUGCUUCCUAAGGACGAAGACAGUGAGGCGGACAUCGAGAUUGAAAUAGUUGAAGAUGAGCCUCCGUUCUUGCAAGGGCACGGCAGAGCACUACACGAUUUAUCCCCAGUUAGGAUAGUUAAAAAUCCGGAUGGUUCUCUGGCGCAAGCAGCUAUGAUGCAAUCGGCUUUGGCGAAGGAGCGACGAGAGCAGAAAAUGCUUCAGCGAGAACAGGAGAUGGAUUCGGUUCCUGCCAAUAUGAACAAGAACUGGAUUGAUCCGCUGCCAGAAGAGGACACUCGCAACCUGGCAGCGAAUGUCCGUGGCGUCGGAAUGACCAUGCAGGAUGUCCCAGAAUGGAAGAAGGCUAUCAUUGGCGGGAAGAAAUCUUCGUACGGUAAAAAGACGGAUAUGAGCUUGGUGGAACAGCGUCAAUCCCUUCCCAUCUACAAACUGCGAGACGAUUUGAUCAAAGCUGUGACAGACAAUCAAAUUUUGAUUGUCAUUGGAGAGACCGGUUCGGGUAAAACCACACAAAUCACACAGUACUUGGCCGAAUGUGGUUUCAUUGCGCGUGGUAAGAUUGGUUGUACGCAGCCUCGUCGUGUUGCUGCCAUGUCGGUGGCCAAACGCGUAGCUGAAGAGUACGGUUGUCGACUAGGGCAGGAAGUUGGUUAUACGAUCCGUUUCGAGGACUGCACCAGUCAGGAGACGGUCAUCAAGUACAUGACGGACGGUAUGUUGCUGCGUGAGUGUCUGGUGGAUUUGGAUUUGAAGUCCUACUCGGUGAUUAUGUUGGACGAAGCUCACGAAAGGACAAUCCACACGGAUGUGCUGUUCGGACUGUUGAAGCAAGCGGUGCAGCGAAGACCGGAACUGAAACUAAUCGUCACAUCGGCCACGUUGGAUGCCGUUAAGUUUUCGCAGUACUUCUUCGAGGCUCCCAUUUUUACGAUUCCGGGUCGAACUUUCCCGGUCGAGAUGCUGUACACCAAGGAACCCGAGACGGACUAUCUGGAUGCUUCGCUGAUUACGGUCAUGCAAAUCCAUCUUCGUGAACCCCCGGGCGAUAUCCUACUUUUCCUCACUGGUCAGGAAGAGAUUGACACAGCCUGUGAGAUUCUAUACGAGCGAAUGAAGUCACUCGGUCCGGACGUUCCAGAACUGAUCAUUCUCCCCGUAUACUCUGCCCUGCCCUCCGAAAUGCAAACGCGUAUCUUCGAUCCGGCUCCACCUGGCAGUCGAAAGGUGGUCAUUGCCACCAACAUUGCCGAAACAUCCCUCACCAUUGACGGUAUCUACUACGUGGUAGAUCCCGGCUUCGUCAAACAGAAAGUGUACAAUUCCAAAACCGGAAUGGAUUCCCUGGUAGUCACACCGAUUUCUCAAGCGGCCGCCAAACAGAGAGCCGGACGUGCCGGAAGAACUGGUCCGGGUAAAGCCUACCGCUUGUACACUGAGCGCGCCUAUCGGGAUGAAAUGCUGCCAACUCCAGUACCCGAAAUCCAGCGAACCAAUCUGGCAACCACAGUACUCCAGCUCAAAACAAUGGGAAUAAACGAUUUGUUACAUUUUGACUUCAUGGAUGCUCCACCCGUCGAAUCGUUGGUGAUGGCUUUGGAGCAGCUUCAUUCUCUGUCGGCACUGGACAAUGAAGGGCUUCUGACGCGAUUGGGUCGCCGCAUGGCCGAAUUCCCUCUGGAACCCAAUCUGUCCAAAAUGCUCAUUAUGUCCGUAGCGUUGCAAUGUUCUGACGAAAUCCUCACAAUCGUAUCCAUGCUUUCGGUACAGAACGUGUUCUACCGGCCAAAGGACAAGCAAGCCCUAGCCGAUCAGAAGAAGGCCAAGUUCAAUCAAAUCGAGGGAGACCAUUUGACGCUGCUGGCGGUGUACAACAGCUGGAAGAACAACAAAUUCUCCAACGCGUGGUGCUAUGAAAACUUUGUUCAGAUCCGAACCCUCAAGCGGGCCCAGGAUGUGCGGAAGCAACUGUUGGGCAUCAUGGACCGGCACAAGUUGGACGUGGUAUCCGCCGGGAAGAACACGGUACGGGUCCAGAAGACCAUUUGUUCCGGUUUCUUCCGGAACGCCGCCAAAAAGGACCCUCAGGAGGGGUAUCGUACGCUGGUAGAUUCGCAGGUGGUUUACAUCCACCCGUCCAGUGCGCUCUUCAAUCGACAACCAGAGUGGGUCGUCUACCACGAAUUGGUGCAAACCACCAAGGAAUACAUGCGCGAGGUGACAACGAUCGAUCCCAAGUGGCUGGUCGAGUUUGCGCCCGCUUUCUUCCGCUUCUCCGACCCAACCAAGUUGAGCAAGUUCAAGAAGAACCAACGACUGGAACCGCUCUACAACAAGUACGAAGAACCGAAUGCUUGGCGUAUCAGCCGAACCCGAAGGAGACGAAAUUAAACGCAAUCCGUGUUCUAUGUAGUCUAAACCAACUAUUUUAUUACAGUUUUAGCAUCCUAAAUACAACAUGACCCACUCUGUGCUCCAAACCUC